AUGAAUGAAUAAAUAAAUAAAUUAAUUAACAAUUAAUCGUUAUUAAUGCAAAAAUAAUUUAAAACUACAAUUAAAGAUAGAUCUGAAAUUGAAACUUUUAUUGUAAAUGAAGAAAAGAAAAAAAAGGAAAAUGCAAAGAGAAAUAAAUUCUUCUAAUAUAAAACUUCAGUGAAUAUAAAUAUAUAAAUAAGAAGUUUGAUAAUUUGUAGAUAGAUUUUUUAUAUCUUAAAUGAUUUUGUAAUAUAGAUAAAGUUGGUUUAAUUAAUUAUUUAUUUUGAUUUAGUAAAGUUUUAUAAUAAUUAUGUAAAAUCUGAUGAUUAUAAUAUUAUCAAAGCUAUCUGUAUGUUUGUUUAUCCAACUUUUUAAAAUCAAUAACGAAACUAAUUAUAAUUUUUUGAUUACUUAUUUUUUAUUAAUUAAUUAACCAAUUAAUUUUCUUGCAAAUUUUAAAAUCUAUUAAUUUUUUAAUUCAAACAAUUAUUUGAUCAACAAAUUUUUAACUCAAAAAUUUUUUAUAUUAUUAGAAUCUAGUUUUUUGUUGGCAAUUUAAAAGGCAUCAAAUGUUUUUUAUUUUUAUUUUUCUUUUCUACUUUGCUUUGA